AUGAGCAAUACUAAGCAUACCACCUCUCAUCAUAUAGAAUUUAAAAGGAUCAUUAACCUUGCUCUUUUAUUCAUAAUAAUAGCGUUAAUAUCUCGGAACUCAGUAUACUUUAAAACGGCACUCCAGGAAUUAAUCUCACGAUUUUACAGAAACAAUUCAGACUCUGUUGGUAAUAAUCGCGGACCAAUAUCUAUUUUCUCGGAAAACUUGAUAGACUUUGAUGAUGUUAACAUGGUCGAUAAGACGAGGCUAUUAGUUUUUCUAUUUUUCUGUUUCAUCAUUACUAUACCGUUUAUGGUAUAA